AUGGGUGGAUCGUCGACUGUGCGUCUCACACCGCGCACGCGCGCACAGGGUCCCGAGAGCGUGCUCAUCAUCGGUGGUGGCGCGACUGGCCUCGUCACGCUGCGCAACCUCAGCGAAGAGCGUGCAUACGACGAUGCGGGCAGCUAUGCGAUCUUCGAUGCGAUGCUCGUUGAGCGUCGCGACGAUGUCGGAGGCGUGUGGUACUGGAGUGACGAGACGUAUGCACUCGAACGUGCCGUGGGCGCCGACAAGGUGCAGGGGCUUUCGCCUCUCUUUGACCCGCGCGGUCAGCCGCAUUGGCCCAGUCCGGCCUACCUGAAUCUACGCGGAAACGUGCUGCCCGAGUUCCUCGAGUUCUCGGGGCAGAAGUUUCAGCCCCCCGCAAACGGUGAGACCUUCCCGUCGCUCGCCGAAACACACCAGUAUCUGCGCAGCUUCGCAGAACCGUAUCGAUCGCGCAUUAGGUGUGGCGUCGAGGUGCUGCGUGUCGAAGAACUCGCGCAGGAUGCCGGCUGGAAGGUCACACUCAAGCACUGGACUUCAAGCCUCACUCCACCAGACGCGGUGAGCUUCACCCCGACGGUGGAAGAGCGUACGUUUGAUCGCAUCGUCGUAGCCGCAGGCUGGUACGAUACUCCCUACUACCCCGAUGCACCGGGUCUGCAGGAAGCCCGCAAGGCCGGACACAUUCACCACUGCAAGCACUAUCGCGACUCGAUCGCCUACCGCGGCAAGAAGGUGGUGGUGGUGGGCAACAACAAUUCGGCCAACGAGGUGGCUGCGCAUCUGGCACCUCUCAACUCGGUCGACCACCCCGUGUAUCGUUCGGCCAAGACGGCUCCGGUGGACAAGUGUCCCUCGCUUCCAGACGAGCGCAUCAAGGACGUGGGCAUGAUCACGACGUACAAGCUCACGCGCGCUGCGGGCUCGGAAAGGGGAACGCAGCUCGAGCUGACGCUGGUGGAUGGAAGCGUGAUUGGCGGUGUGGAUUACGUGGUGCUGGGUACGGGGUAUGGACAAAAGUAUCCGUGGUUGCAUGUGCUUACCGACCAAGCACGGGCACGCGGUACGGGCGAGGUGGAGUUGUUGACGCCCGACAGCUUGCGAGCCGUGCGCGUACCGCGCAUGUACAACCACGCACUCUACGCCCCCUCCCCGCGCUUGACGCUUGCCUUCGUCGGACUCGUCAUCUCCACCAUGCCGUUCUCGUUCAACGACCUCAUCUCGGCCUGGAUCACCGCCGUCUGGGCAGGCAAGAUCCCCAUCCCCUCCACCCUCCACGAUCGGCUGCAAGACGAACGCACCCGACUCGACUGGAUGUUCUCCCGUGUUGCAGCGCGAAAUCCGAACGCGGAUCGAAACGACCCAACCACCUAUGUCGGCUACCAUCUUCUCGGCGGCAGUUUGAAGGACGGUCCGCCGUCGGAACUGCACUUUGCAGCCGAGCUGCACGGGCAGCUGGAAAAGGCGGAUCCAAAGAGGACGCGGAUGUGGAGCUGGAGAUGGGAUCAGCAGAGGGAGGAUCGUCAGACGCAGAUGUACGUGCGCAAGCGCCAGUGGUUGGAGCACAACGCCCAGCGCAUCAGGAACGAUCCCUUCGACCUGCUCGGUGCCAACAACAAGUACACCGACCUCGUCCCGCUGCUCGUGCACCCCGAUUGGCGGCCCAAAUCCGCCCGCCUGUAA